AGUGUUGACUGUUCACAAGUUGAAGAUAAAGUUCGUAUCACUUUAGAGUUUAGUGUGUUUGUUAUCAAUCCAUUGCCGUGUUAUACAUUAAGAUUCAAAAUGGUACAUCUGACUGACGAAGAGUUCGGGAAACUGCGAGGCGAGUCUGUUAGGAGGUUCACCUGGAGAGCGGAGAAUAUAUCCAUCUCAGUCAUAUCAUAUGGAGCUAUCAUACAAUCAAUCCGGGUUCCAGAUAAAAAUGGUGUAACUUAUGACGUGGUUCUUGGCUUCGAUGAUCUCGAGAGCUACGUGAAUCGCAACGAACCACAUUUGGGUGGCACGAUUGGUCGUUGUGCAAACAGGAUUGGUGGUGCCAGUUUCAAGAUAGAUGGUACAACGUACCAAGUCCCCAAAAAUGUUGGAAGUGAUCAUUUACAUGGAGGAAUAAUUGGCUUUGAUCAGGUAAACUGGAAGUCCACAGUCGACGGCAAUAAAGUUAUAUUUAGCUAUUUAUCCAAAGACGGCGAAGAAGGCUACCCUGGGAAUCUUAUAACCAAUGUUACUUACGAAGUAAAAGAUAACGCUAUUUAUAUAGAUUUUGUGUCCAUUACGGACAAGAAGACUGUUGUAAAUCUGACUAACCAUUCAUACUUUAAUUUGGCUGGGCACGAUGCUGGGGCACAAGGAUUGUUUGAUCAUGUCAUCUCUAUUAACGCUGACAAAAUUACGGAAACCACUUCGGAGUCAAUUCCUACUGGCCGACUUCUUGACGUAGGUGGAACACCAUUCGACCUACGAACUCCUACUCGACUUGGUGACGUCAUGGCUAAAGAUGAACUUCUGUUUGAUGACAAUUUCUGUGUCUCUACAUUUGGAUGUACCGGCCUAAACUUCAUAUCGCGAGUGUCGCAUCCAAAUGGAAGAUAUCUUGAAGUAUACAGCAACCAACCAGGGGUCCAAUUGUAUACCAGUUACUAUCUCCCUGCUCCUGAAGAAGCAGCACUUAUCGGAAAAGGUGGUGUGGGAUAUCGGCGACAUGGUGCCUUCUGUCUGGAGACCCAGAACUACCCUGAUGCCGUACACCAUCGUGACUUCCCUGACGCUGUGCUGAAGCCUGGGGAUAUCUAUACACAUAAAGUGGUUUUUAAAUUUGGUGUUGCCAAAAGCGGUGGUCCACAAGUAACUAAUGUUUAGACCAUCUCAAUAAUAUUUCACAGACUUCAGUAUCAAAAUACGUAAUACCAAAUUUGUCUCGAUUUUUGGCGACUUUUCUAUGGCAAUUAUGAUAUUAUUAGAUUUAUUACAAAAAAUGUACAAGAGAUAUCAUCUUCAUCAUUUUAACCGGAAGACGUCCACCGCUGUACAAAGGCUUUCCCCAAAGACCGCCAUGACGAUCGAUCCUGCGUAUGGAAAAUAUAAUACCUAGUAAAUUUCAAACUACCCUUCAGUAAUCAAAAUCCUUACUACUAAUUAUUUACGUGUGUUAAUUUAUUAGAUAUUUUUAUGCUCAUACAAAGUAUAAAUAAAAUUUAAAUAUUAUUUUGUAUAUUUAUAAUU